AUGGAAUAUGUCAGGGUUUUACAGAAGAAAUUUCCAGAGAGUAAACGAGUUGGUAGGCUUGAAGCAAUGUUGCUUGAAGCUCAGGGAAAGUUGGCAGAGGCUGAAAAGGCUUACUCGAGCCUGUUAGAGGAAAACCAAUUUGAUCAGGUAAUACACAAAAGAAGGGUGGCAAUUGCGAAGGCUGAAGGGAAUCUUUCACAAGCAAUCGAAUGGUUAAACAAGUAUCUUGAAAUAUUCAUGGCUGAUCAUGAUGCAUGGAGAGAGCUAGCUGAAAUUUACGUCUCUCUACAAAUGUAUAAGCAAGCUGCCUUCUGUUAUGAGGAACUAAUCCUAUCUCAGCCAACCAUUCCAUUAUAUCAUCUCGCCUAUGCUGACUUGCUAUACACACUAGGAGGACUCGAAAAUCUUCAUGCAGCAAAGAAAUAUUAUGCAGCAGCCAUAGACUUAACCGGUGGCAAGAAUGUUCGAGCUCUUCUUGGCAUAUGCUUAUGUGUUUCUGCUAUCAGCCAGCUGGCAAAAGGGCGUAACAAAGAAGAUAAAGAAAGCUCGGAACUUCAAUCCCUCUCUACAAAAGCACUGGAGAAAAUCUACAAGCAGCAAUCACCGGCUAAAGUUUCCCUUCUGAGCUCCAUGUUGAGAAGUUUGAAAGUCUAA